AUUUGAAUCUUCAGCUGAGCAUACAAUUAUAUUACAGUUUUAAACCUUUGUGAACGUUCGUUUGUGGUACGACAAAAACAAAUAUUUUCUUUCCUGUAAAUCCUUCAUUUCAAACUUUACCACAUAAUCCGGGUUAUUCUUUCUUUGGUUUUAAACUUUUGUAUUUUUGGAACGCCGCCCUCGAAAUUUAUCCUUAGAAAAACAAUUUGUCAUACUGCCUAAACAAUGGAGACUUUUCUCUCACUUCAGGGGUUAAACGUAACAGGACACCGUUAAUAAAAAUCCCACUGCUAUCGCUUCUCAUCUGCAAGCUUCUCAUUUACACUCGAUACGGUGAUAAAAUGUCGGCAAUACCUCCCACUUACGACCUGCAACGAGUAGUAUAAAAGCGAGCAAUUUGUAGAGACCUCGUUGAUUCAUCUUCACAUCGGAUGUCUUUGCAAGCUUCUAGUCUGGUUUGUACUCUCUGCUACUUUGCGAUGAAGGCAAGCCUGUCAACCUUGGGUAUUUGUGGUCUUAUUUUAAUCCUCCUUCCAGAAACGUUAAGCACCAGUCCUGCGGCUAAUAGCCGGAGCUGGAAAACUAGAAGCGGAGAAUCGCUACCUUGUCCUACAAACAAGUCCAUUCCGAUUUACGAGAGAAACAUGUGCAAUUUUGUUGAGAGUCAAAAAAACCAAACGGACAACAACAAUCAUCCUGUGAAAAGAACUGUUCAACUCUUUUCGAGAGCUUCAAAACUCCACGUUCAAAUCAUGAAAACGGAGCUGGACGCUCGCGGUCGAGACGGCUCAGGAUUCGCGAGGCUGGUGUUGGAGUCUGACAACUUUGGUCGAAUAAAGAUUCGAGGAGAGAGUACAAAUCGCUAUCUCUGCCUGAACAAGAAGGGGGAACUCGUUGCCAGGGUAUUUAGGGUGUUUAUGAUGACUGUAAAGACCAAAAGCAACAACAACAACAAAAAGUGACUGAUGAAAGCUACAGCCCUGAGGAGGUUCAUUACAGUAUGGUGAUCUCAAACAUGUGCUGCGCUUGUUGAAUAAGCCUGGCCAUGACGUUAGCAGAGCACAUGUUUUAGUGAGGACACUUCAAAAGCCUGUCAUUUCAGACCUAAAACGAAAUGUUUCAAAUAAUAUAAUUAAUGCUUUCAUCUCACUGCACGAGAUUCUAUUCAUGUCAUGUAUACCAUGGAUUGUUAUCCCACGGACAGCUCGUGCGCUUCACGCUGUUUCACGCAAUAUAUAUUACGAGGGGCCAAACUCUGUAAGAAACAAUAUGUUACGGUGGCUGAUCGACUCAUCUCAAUCCAUAAGGCUGCCUCAUGUUUCCGCAUAACACUCUUUUUUAUCCCCCCAGCCCAUCAUCUAUUGUGCACUUGUUUCAAGCCUGCCUUGGGUGUCAGGGUUGCAAUGUUUCAUGUUCUUGGCUUGGUUGGCUGCUCCUCAGCCGCUUCGCUAUUGUUGACUUCUACUGGUCGCUGCGCUAAUCUUGUAUUUUUACAACCCCCAUGCGUGUGAUGUGGGCCGUCAGGUAGUUGAUCACUCUGAUCGCAGCUGUACGCCCAUUGUGAACAAAUAUUUGGCAAGAAUUCCCUAACAAAGAAUUUACUAUGAAUGUACCAAAAAAAAAUUAAAAAAAAAAAAGAAGAAGAAAAACCUCACAGCACAGAUGAAUUGGACAGACAAAUCAUUUAGUGGUCAACCAAUUUUUUAAUUUUCUGACCUUCGGCGCAUGUCUGCAGGACACCCUUGUUCUCAGAAACUGAUCUUUCGGCUUACACCAGUGUUCACCAUUUCAAUUAGUGCUAAUAAAUCUUUCCGCAUUAAAAUUAUGUAUAUUUAAAUCUCAAGUUUCUUCUCAAAGUAUCAAUUAGUGGUAACCGAGCCAUACAAAACAAUUUUACAAAAGAAUUCAUCGCGAACUGGAUUGAGCCCUGGUGUAAAACUUAAUGCUGAUGAGCGCGAAUUAACAGCUUAACAAUUGAACAUUUUGAGACCUAAAAUUUGUUGUUCUAUCGUAUUUUUUUAACCAAGCUUACAUGUACUCCACCAUAUACUGUCUCGCCGCUGAGAUGUCCUGUUAUCCAUUGCUCAUCUUCGCAGGGGAUUUUUAAACAUGUUAAAAGUAAUUCGAUAAUUACUUGUCUGUCCGUCAAGGCAGAAUUACGAUGCAACCGAGGGAUCAGACUGUCAACAAGCAUUAAUAGGGGCGAGCGCGAGGGUCGUGCCAAUAUGAUCUCUAGCAAAUUCGCGACUGAUUAGUUAAAAGAGACCGCUCCAAUUUUAGUGCAGUUCCCUCUUGGUGAUACCUUAUAGCUGUUCGCACUUCAGUACAUCAACAUAGUUGGGUGUAAACAGGUCUUUUGCCAGUUUGUUAGAAAAAUAAUCAGUCAAUUUUAAAAACUGCAGUGGAGUUACACAGGUGCAAUGAAAUACAACCCUGCCCUUUUUGGGGGAAUUUGUGAAAGGAUCGUUGCUGUGGUGAAAUCCUCCAUGGGUACUUCUCAAAAAAUUCAAACUUUCCUGGAAGUUACAGUAGCAGUCUAAAAAUACAACCUCUACGAUCCAAAAUUAAACAGUCAUUAUCCAUUUUGACAAUGAUCUUGAAAACCUGUUAACAAGCCGACACGUGAAGAUUUUCAUCUAAUGUUUGUCCCAUAUGGAAACUACCUGACAAAGUUUUGACUUUUACUCGAGAUAACGAUUAUGUAAUAUCUUUACAAAAGUGACGAGGUUGCCCGACAAUGCACGAACUGAAAAGCGAAAAUGAAGCGAGAUGAUUGUAUUGUUAAUGGUGAAAUCGAAAAUUCAAGAAAAUUAGAAUAAUUUCAUCAGUCCAGGUUUCAUUUUCCAUUGCUCCUGUGUUUUCCACAGCGAAAAGAGGAUUAAAUUUUUCUCUCCAUGGUGUUUUGUAGGGGAUGUGAUUCAGAAUUCAUGGAAUUUACAAUGAAUUACCAUGUCAUUAGGGUUGUUUUUCGCUCAAAUAUGAACAUAAUUUUCAGUUGAAGACGUACCACCCAACCAAUUUCAAGCAGAUCUUUUCAAUUCGUCUUAGGGCGAUGAUUAAAAUAUCUCAACAUACCCUUUUCAUCUGAAUAGAUAGUUAUGUAUUUACGGGAUUGGUUUCUGGUGCUAAUCUGGUGUCGUCGCAUCUUUACCAUUUUUCGAAUUUCGCCAGAGUGGUGCCUUUUCCAUGUGUGGGUAGCCCUAAUUAUUUUUUAAAAUACGUUAUAGGACUGACGUAACUUACAAUUACAUUCUUUUUUCCUAUAAGAAUUUUUUUUCUUCCGGCCCAGGCUGAAUAUUCUUAUUUUUUUGCCGAUUAUAUGCUUCAUAGGCUUAGACGGUUUAGUUAAAAACAUAAUUGUAUUGUAUUUACAAAUCAUUUCAGCUCCCAAAUUAUACUCUUUUCAAAAUCUCAGCCUCGGGUUUAUUCUUAAAAUGUUCUUAAUUAGAGUUUCGCAAAUUUCAGCCUCGAUGUUCUUGUAACAUUUAUUUUUAUCUAAAAAAGAAUGUACAUCAGCACGUCGUCACGAAUCAAGUAAAGUGGUAUUUCUCUAACCUUAAAGCGAUUGUUGAAGUAAGCGAACGUCUUAGUACGUUUUAUGUCGUUGUGCUUAUCGUUUCAAAAUGUUUAGAGCUUUCGUAAUUUCUUAAUCCAAACCCACAAACAACUUCUCCUUACUGGUUUCUAUUCCUUUACCAUGGCACGCGUGAGGAGAAUUCACAUCAAGAAUUCUAGUUAUCAAUUGAUCAAUCUAAUAAACUUGCGAGCAUUGCAAGUUUGUUAGGUUGUUAAGACAGACAUUGCAAAAUAAAACAGUUAGAGUUGUAGAAUUACAAAAGUUAGAUGAAUCUCCUAACAGCCAUUUAUUUUGUCCCACUUAAUGAAU